CCCAGCCACCCUACGGAGGAAACUCAUUUUGGCCGCUUGUAUCUGGGAUCUCAUCCUUUCGGUCAUGACCCAAAGCUCAUGACCAUAGGUGAGAGUAUAGGAAUGAAGAUCGAUUGGUCUUUACCAUGACAGACCAGUACAGCGACCGCAUUACUGCAGAAGCUGCACCGAUCCGUCUGUCAAUCUCUCGUUCCAUCCUUCCCUCACUAGUGAACAAGACUCCAAGAUACUUAUACUCCUCCACCUGAGGCAGGAGCUCCCCACCAACCUGAAGGGGGCAAGCCACUUUUGUCCGACUGAGAACCGUGGCCUCAGACUUAGAGGUGCUGAUUCUCAUCCCAGCCGCUUCACACUCAGCUGCAAACCGCCCCAGCGCACACUGUAGGUCUUGGCCAGAUGCAGCCAACAGGACAACAUCAUCCGCAAAAAGCAGAGACGAUAUCCUGUGGUCACCAAACCGGCCCCCGAAAUCCUGUCCAUAUAAAUAAUGAACAGGAAUGGUGACAAAGGGCAGAGUUAAUAACAUUUAGUAAUAUCAUCUUCUUGUUUUUGGUUGAGGGAAUCAUUCUAAUAUUUAAAAGCCACACUCUAUAAACUACUAAAAUAUAGGCUAUUCGAAGUAAGUAGGCUAGUAUACUAGUUCUAUCAUCACGCCCUCUUUUUGAACGUGAUUAUUUUCAUUGGGGAGGGGUUGAAGCUCCUCCCACAGCGAUUUAAAUCAAGUCUGCUUUAUUGUCAAAUUUACUAGUAAAUGCUGGAAUAUUCCCCCCAGUUUACAAGCAAAGACGAUUGAAAGAAGUUUGUGAACAUGAUACUGAAGAACAAAGAUAUAGUUGUUUGAAAUUGAGUGAUAUUUUAAUAUUGAUAUGGGAAAAACCGUUGCACGUGGUGCUGGAACGUUUUCGAUCAAAUUCGAAAAUGUCUAAUGUAUUUUUUUUUGUAAAAAUUACGUUUUCAUUCAAUUGUUUUUCAGUAACAUCUCGUCUCUGAAAAUAUAUUGACAAACAUCACAUGUUUGGUGUAGAAAAAUAGCGAUUGCCUUAAAUAGCGGUGUCUUUCUUUUAUGGACACGCUGCGCUUUCUCUUAACGUCGCAAAACGUUAUUAUUUAUUUAUAUUAAUAUCGCGAGAUUUUAAAAUAAUUUUACUUUUUAGACCUGACGGAAGACAAUAAGGAGAGUGAAGAACUGAAUUAUAACUGGUUCUUUACAAAAUAAACAUCGCUUCGUGUAAGUUAUAUAGGCUAGUAUAAAACCACUAUCCAAAAGAGCAAUCAUCGGAUAUUUUAAUAUUUCUCACUACGGAAAAAUGACUGAAAUAAAAUAUGAAGCGUUGGCGAUAGGUGGCGGUAAUACACUUCCGUGUCUACGAUCUGACGUAAAAGAAGAAGAAGACUACGUCGCCACUGACGUCAUCAGUCAGCGCUGGGUUUCUGAGCAGUGCAGCGUUUUGACAGAGGUUCAUCGCUAAAUGCUGGAAUAUUUCAAUUACUAAAAGUAAAGAAGCUUACAUUUGUGAAAGAAACUUAAAAACAUGAAUGAUCCAGAGCCCUGCGGAAUAAAACAAGAAGAAACUGAGCCACAAAUAGACCUGUUUGAAGAGAGCAAGGAGACUGAAGCGGGGGAGAAACAUCAUGUCAAGACUGAAGAAACAUCUUCACCGAAAAACGACAAUACGUGUUUCGCUUACCCUCAGUGUGGAAAGAGUUUCUCAUGCAAGCAAAAUCUGGACCUUCACAUAAAAUGUCACAGUGGGGGGACGCUGUAUGCUUGUGAGCAGUGCGGUGAGAUUUUCGCAAUAAAAGAAAACCUAACCGAACACAUGAAAAUCCACACCGCAGAGAAACCGCACACGUGUGAUCGGUGCGGGAAGGGUUUUUCCAAAAAAGGAAACCUUAACGAUCACCUGAAAGUCCACACCGGAGAGAAGCCGUUCUCAUGCGAUCAGUGCGGGAAGAGGUUCUCGGUUAAAAGCAACCUCAACAAACACGUAAAAAUCCACACCGGAGAGAAACCGCACACGUGUGAUCAGUGCGGGAAGUGUUUCGCGCAUAAAACAAACCUUAAUAAUCACAUGACAAUCCACACCGGAGAGAAGCGGCACACGUGUGAUCAGUGCGGGAAGAAUUACUCGCGAAGAGGAGCCCUUAAUUUCCACAUGAAAGUCCACACCGGAGAAAAGCCGUACACUUGUGAUCAGUGCGGGAAGAGUUUCAGACAAUCAAGUGUUUAUAAAGUACAUCUGCUUACUCAUUCUAGAGAAAGGCUGUAUAGCUGUGACCAGUGCGGUAAAAAGUUUUUUAGGCCCGAUUACUUGAAGGACCACCUGACAGUUCAUACAAAGGAGAAGCCUUACGUGUGUUCUUUGUGUGGAAAGAGUUUCAGGCAGAUGUGUGCUUUAAAGAUACACCAGAAAAGACACAGCGGCGUGAAGGAUCACGCUUGCUCUGAAUGUGGGAAGACUUUUGUUACAGAAAGUGCUCUGAAGGUGCAUCACACAGUUCACUCUACAGAAACGCCUUUCAAGUGUUCACACUGUGGCAAGAGAUUCAAACGAUCAGCGUAUCUACAGAUACACGAGAGGGUCCACACCGGAGAGAAGCUGUACGCGUGUGAUGAGUGCGGGAGGAGCUUCACUCAUUUCUCUUCUCUAUCCAGUCAUAAAAAUGCAUGUCUGUCUGUCAGUCAUGUUGGUCACCGAUGGUAUAUACAGUUUUAUAAUGUUUCCAGUUUCUCAAUUUUUCAUUUUAGGUUUACGUUGAGUUCAGUAGGUGGCGGGAACGCACCAUUUAAGUUGGUUGACCUACCGCCCGUGAAAAACAAAGAAAGACGACAAUCAGCGGAAUUCACCUAUAAAUGUUGGAAUAUUUCCAUUAGUUUAAAAGUGAAGACAGUUCAUGGUAGAAGAGUGAGGACAAAAGUGAUUCACAACCCCCGAAGAACGGUAAAGGAGCAUACUGAAGAACGAAUAGACCUGAUGGAAGAGAAUGAGAAGAACGAAAAACCGAGUGAAGCAGAGGAGAAACAUCACGUUGUUAAGUUCGGAAGAAAAUCUUUGAGUUCCUCACCGACUGAAAGCAAUUCGUUGAAACGAGGAGCCGGAACAUCUUUAACCUGCCCUCUGUGUGGAAAAGGUUUCAUGAACAAACACACUGUUAAAGUUCACAUGACAAUCCACACCGGAGAGAGGCCACACGCGUGUGAUCAGUGCGGGAAGAGUUUCACACAAAAAUGCGUACUUAAGGAGCACGCGAAAAUCCACACCGGAAAAAGACCCUACACGUGUGAUCAGUGUGGUAAAGGGUUUCUUAGGACAGGCGCCCUGAAUAACCACCUGAAAGUUCAUACGCAGGAGAAGCCUCACAUAUGUUCUUUGUGUGGAAAGAGUUUUAGUGAGCUGGCUGCUUUAAAGAAACACCAGAAAAGACACAGCGGUGUGAAGAACCACAUGUGCUUUGAUUGUGGGAAUGUCUUUUUUGAUAGCGCUCAACUGAGACGCCACCAGAGAACACACACUGGAGAAAAGCCUUACAAGUGUUCACAUUGUGACAAGAGAUUCAGUCAGUCAGAACAUCUGAAAACACACGAGAGGGUCCACACCGGAGAGAGGCCUUUCACUUGUGAUCAGUGCGGGAAACGUUUUGCCCGAAAAGGACACCUGAAGGGUCACAUGAAAGUCCACACUGGAGAGAAGCCGUAUCUCUGCUCUCGGUGCGGGCAGCGUUUCGCCUGGUUAAAUUCGCUGCGCAGUCAUACAAAAGACAAAUGCCUGAAAUGAGUUCAUCAGUUCAUCUUUAGAUCACUUAAGUGCCAUGCUUGCAUUAAUCCCAGUCUUAUCAUUAAACAAUUUGUAGAUUUAUAAUUAUGAAAUGCAAAUGACGAUUUAUGAAUGCUUUUUGAUGUUGAAGUUCCUAAAUGCCUAAUAAAUGAUAUUUCACCUCGGAGA